UAUUAAGUGUAUAAUCUAUGAUUGUGAGUGAACUACGAGUCACGGAUCGCACCACAAUAAAAUUCGAUAAUAUUCUUCAAAGUUCAACUAAAAUAAUUACAACCCAUGUCAGAAAGUUCAACACAGAUAAAUCACAACAAGGAAGAACAAUCCACGACGAAAAUACCAGAUUCGGUAAAGAAAAUUAUAUUAAUGGAAAAAGACAAUGAAGCCAAUGCUAACAGAAAAUCCAGAAUUGACCUCAAUGCUCUACCGACUCGACAGUAUUUGGACCAGACAGUAGUACCCAUACUGCUGCAAGGUCUAUCAGCAUUAGCUAAAGAACGUCCUCCGGACCCGAUAAAUUAUUUAGCAGCUUACUUACUUAAAAACAAAACUACUUUCGAACUUGCCAACUCAGGCAAUAACAAUAAUCAACCAACAAACCCACAAACAUAAGUAUAGCUUUAUUAUAAUGCAAACAAUGAAAGUAGCUAAUCUCAAAGCAAUGACUGGAAACAUUUUGUUGGACACUCAUCUGGUGACAUAAACAGCGAAUGACAAUGGUGUAAAUUGCUCAAAUUUUAUAGUUCUAUUAUUUAACAGACUAGAAAAUAUAUACCAGUUUGCCUUAUAAUAUGCAUAUGUACACUAUAGUUGACAAAAAGAAAAUAUAUAAUCGAUGAAUUGUUAGUAUCUGUACUCAAGAAUAUUUAGUUAUAGACAAAAAGUUGUACUCAUUCUAAAAUAACAGUUAGUCAUAGCGACACCUGUAAAACAAAUCUAUAACAAUUUUCUGUCCAUAAACUAUAAGUAAAAUAACAAAUAAAAAUAUAAUGGCUUUCAUACAGCAAACCACGAAAAUUUGUUUUAAGUAUUACAGUUGCACUAGUGGAUUUAUAACAAAAAAGUGAUCAAAACUUUACAAUAGGACCUCAAUAUUCUGAGCACAGAGGAUGAGUCUUAUAAAACAUUUAUUGAUAACUGUUAAUUUUGCAGUCGGGCAUAAUAUAAAACUAUUUCACUGUAAACUGAAUCUCUCUUUCACGGAUGUAACUUUUAAUUUUAAUUAAUUUGAGAUAAACUGUAAAAGUUUGCACAUCAAUAAUUUAUAUCUGACAAUUUAACAAUUAAAGAUAUGUGGAUGCUGAGAAAACAAAUGCACUAGUAAUAUUUUUAGAUACAUGCUUUGUUUAAAUAAGUGAAUUGUAUGUAGCUAAGUUUUGAAAUUCAACUGGUAAACGUUUUAAAUGGCAAAUAUUUUUGACAAACUUCUUUUAUAUAUGAAACUAUAUUUAUUUUACAAAUUUAAAAUGAAUGUUUUAACAAAUAGUUGAGAUGUGUUGAAGAUGUGUUCGACGCGAUUGAAACUAUUUCUGUUUUAAGAGAUUUUGUCUCACGAGGUUCAGAUUAUUGAAGCUUUGAUUGAAUAAAAAAAUGUAAUAGAUGGAUUUGGACUCUAUAUUGUAUCAGCUUUAAAAACCCAGUGCACAUGGAACUGAAUAAUGUACCUUGAUAAAUGUGAUAAGCAAUACGUAGAGCUAGUAAUUUGAAAACAUCAUUUCGCAAUAAGUGGGCCUUACUUUAAUUAUAAUCAAAUUACUUGCGCGUAGUUAUUUUCUUAUUCAAAUAAAUAUUUGAAACCCAA